UUCUGACCCAAAUAUAAUUUUUGUUGCGAGGGAGUUUUGUAUUAGGGCACAGACCAGUUAGAGUUGUCGCGUUAUUGAACGGAGUUGGUAGCACAGCGAUGAUGCUUUCCGGGGAUAUUCCGCCUAAUCAAUCGAUAUACAUAAAGAAUCUCAACGAGAAGGUCAAGAAAGAAGAGUUGAAGAGAUCUCUUUAUGCCUUGUUCUCACAAUAUGGUAGAAUUUUGGAUAUUGUUGCCUUGAAAACUGCCAAGCUUCGUGGACAGGCAUGGGUUGUGUUUAGUGAAGUGACAGCUGCCAGUAAUGCAGUUCGACAGAUGCAAAACUUUCCAUUUUACGAUAAACCUAUGCGUAUACAAUAUGCAAAAACUAAGUCAGAUUGUGUCGCUAAAGCAGAUGGUAGCUUUGUCCCAAGAGACAAGAAAAAGAAGCAAGAGGAAAAAGCUGAAAGGAGGAGACGUGCUGAAGAUUCACAGCAAUCUGCCACUGCUAAUGGUACAAGAGCUGACAGAAAUGGAGGCCCAACUGCUUCCUUCGGAAAGCCAGGUGCACAAGAAGCUGCUACAGCCCCAAACAACAUACUUUUUAUACAGAAUUUACCACACGAGACAACAAGUAUGAUGCUGCAAGUGCUGUUCCAACAAUACCCUGGUUUCAAGGAAGUCCGAAUGAUAGAAGCAAAACCAGGUAUUGCCUUUGUAGAGUUUGAGGAUGAUGUGCAGUCAUCGGUUGCCAUGCAGGCCCUUCAGGGCUUCAAAAUCACUCCGCAGAAUCCCAUGGCCGUUACUUAUGCCAAGAAGUAAACUAACCUAUUCAUUGUGUGUGUCUUUCCCCUUUUUUUUUUGGGUGGUUUUGUAUUGCUGAGGAAUUGUAACAUUUGAAGAGUUUUAGGUAAAAAUGGUGCUUGUAUGUUGGCUGAUGUUCUUUCUAGUUAUGCGUUUCUAACUUCUUGUGUAAGCUAUAUUAAAAAUUGUUUUUGUUUUGGAUCAAAACUGGUGAAGGCUAUGGCCAUCACUAAGCUUAAUCUAGAGGAAUAUAACUUUUUCUU